AUGGAUGCGGUCGUGAGGAACCAUUAUGUGAGAAGGCCAACACCUCCAGUCACGGUUCAGCUAUUCCAGAACAACUCGCCAAAUCUAAGUAGUGCGGUUUCUGUCGACAACGAAAUAAUGAGCAAUGUGAACAAAGGGAACAUGGUGCCCCCCUCGUCUGCUGCUGUUUUCUUUUCGGGGAUGCGUCUCCGCCUGCAUCGUUUCAUGCUUCUAUUCUCCAACGAGACACACAACGUCGAUACUUACUUCCUGGAUAAUCAACGCUUUACAAGACGUGAAGGCGGAAACCUUACGGAGUCAUCGUCCCCGAAUUUUUUGAAAAAAAUCAACUCAGAUUACCGGAGCUGCAAUGACGAUCUGCAGGACAUUCGUAUCAUAGCAAACGAAGCUGCAUCCCCAAACUUUGGAGCGCAUCAUCAUCAUCAAGCAAACGCCAAACUAAAUGAAACUGGGAACCAGGUUGGAGUGCUCAAUAACAAUUUGAGUAGUGAAAAUGUCCCGCCCAAACAGGACCUGGUAGCCUCUGCGGGUUGGCCUCCUCACACGGAGAAGUACGUUAGUUUGUCUUUAGAGCCCUCCCAGUCUAUAUCAGGGGUCUAUAGCGAAAUAAACGAUGCGAGGACGGUGUCGGACGCUUUGCGGCAUCUGGCUGACCGCAGCACGCACCAGUCUCUUGUUCGUUGUGCACCUUUUUCGGCUAUACCUGGGACGAACUGCGAGGCAGACCCCUCCUACCUGGGCGCCGACUACCUACGUUUGAUGCUAAGCGCCUUCCUACUGUUGCCGUCGUCGAUACCGCCUCUGCGGGUGGGGGUUCUCGGCCUCGGCGGUGGUUCGUUGCCGUUGUUUCUUCUGCAUUACUUUAGUCGCUCCAUUCACCACUUGGAUCUUGUGGAGGUCGAACCCAUGUGCAUUCGGGCAGCUGUGCAGGAUCUUGGGUUUUGGGAUACACUAAACCAGCACGAAUUAGCGCUAGGGUCUCCCAAAGCAUCAGAAGAUGGGUUCUCUUCCGGCUCGCCAACCACUCAAGUACAUCUUGAAGACGCAAUCGUUUUCUUACAGAAGCAUCACGACCAAAUAGCGGAUUUAUCUCCACCUCGGUCGGAUCACCUGAUGACGGGUAGGCCGAUUGCUACCACACAAGAACCACUCGCCUGUGGUUCCCCUGUCUCCUCUUCGUUUGUUCCGACCUCAAAAAUUGUCGACAGGGGAAAAUUAUCAAACAUGUCAUCAUGCCCACUCCUUCCGUCUUUUUCGCCACGAUCACGGGAACGACUAUUUGAUCUCCUUUUUGUUGAUCUCUUUCUGGGAAGCGAUCUCACGGACGGGGUGGCUUCAGCGGACUUUCUGAGGUUGUGCCGGGCGUCGCUUUCUUCCUGUGGCGUUGUCGCGUUUAACCUUCCCGCGCGUGAUCGGCCAUUUCUUCAGCAGUGCCGACAAAUCUUCGGGGAGGCCAACACCUACCUCCUUAUGAACUCUUCCUCUUCGAAUGUCGUGGUUUUGGCCCGUGGCGGUUCUGUCAGUGCGUUUGCCCGUGAGGGGUUAAAGAAGGGCGGGGUCGAUGGUAGCGUACCAGCCCCACAUCUAUCCCAUCGAAUGCUCUACCGCCGGGCGAUGGAGCUAUCGGAACGGCAUCAACUUCCUUUCGACUUGAGCGCCCAUUACCCGGUGUGGUGGCGUUUUUGGUAG